AUGGCUGCGGAUCCCACCGCCGCCGGUCCAGGCGGCCUCUCCGAAGAACAGGCCGCGGUGUACGACCGCCAGUUGCGCGUUUGGGGGGUCGAGGCGCAGCGUAGGCUCGGCGCAUCGCGCAUCCUCGUCGCGGGUCUUACCGGCCUCGCCGCCGAGGCGUGCAAGAACGUCGCGCUCGCGGGCGUCGGCGCCCUCGUCCUUUACGACGACGGCGCCCCGGCGGUGGAUGCCGCGCCCGGAAACUUCCUCGCGGCGUCGGGGCUCGCGGACGCUGCGGGAACCGCCGACGCGGACGCCCUCACCGUCGCCAACGCCACCGCCGCGACGCUGCGCGAGAUGAACCCCUUCGGCGAGAUCUCGAUCCUCCCGGGACCGAGCGAUCUGUCGGGGAUCGACGCGGCGGCGGUGAAGGGAUGCGACGCGGUGCUCGUCACCGGAUGCUCGCUCGCCGUCGCGGAGAGGAUCAACGACGCCUGCCGCGACGCCGGCGCGUCCUUCUUCUACGGCGAGUGUCGAGCCACCGUCGCCAACUUCUUCGCCGAUCUCGGGCCAAACUUCAGGUACGCCGUCGAGAGAGGACGUUCAAACACGGCGGAGAAGGACGGAGACGCGGCUAACAACGCCGGCGCGGACGCCGCCGUCGUCUCGUCGUUCGUCCCGCUGCGAGAGGCGGUGACCUGCAAGUGGUGCACCCUGGGCGACGGCAGGGAGGGCGGGGUGAGGCGGGUCAACAGGCUCGCGCCCGCGUGGUUGCUUUCAAAGCGUUUCGAGCGAUCGCUUAAACGCCCUCCGUCCGCUCAAGACGUCCCCACGAUGCUCGCGGAGGUGCCCGCGCUGGAAAAGGAGCACGGGGUGAAGCCCGGGUGGCUCGGGGACGCGCGGUGGGCUGUGGAGGACGUCGUGGCCGGGGCUUCGGGGGUGGGCGACGGGGGGGAGUCACCGGCGGUGGCGGCGGUGGUUGGCGGGAUCCUCGCGCAGGAGGUGCUCAGGUCGGUCACCGGGAAGGGGGAGCCGGUGCGGAACUCGUUCUUCUUCGGCGUGAGGAACGGUCAGGGGACGGUGGAGAAUAUGGGGUGCCCGACGUGA